GGCCGGCGCGGGGGAAGGGCGAGGCUGCGGGGCCGGGCGGCGUGUGCCGGUCCUGCCGCGCUCCGGAGGCGCAGUUUAGUGGAAAAGGGAAGGGGGUAGAAAAGGGAAGCGGUUUAAAAUAGCCCCCGGCCGUUCCAGGGGGUGGCUCCCCGGCCGUGCCGUGCCGUGCCGUGCCGUGGCGGGGGGGGCAGCGGGGCUCUGGUGCAGCCGCAGCCCGGGGGGCUUGGCCGUGAGAGGGGCGGGGGGCUCUGCCCUCGCUGCUCCCCUCGCCCGCCCUCGGGGCUUUUUUGUGUGGGGAAGGGGCAGGAUGAGCUUGCGGAGUUUUGCUGGAAUUUCUCCUUCCUUUCUGAGGCGCUGCCGCCGCUGAAGCAGAUUUUUCCCUUCCUCUCUUUUUUUUUUUUUUGUCUGAUGCAGAAUCCCAGUAGCUAGGCAGCCUCCCUCUUUUCUUUCCUUCCUUCCUUCCACCCCUCCGCUAUGUAGGGAGGGACAGGCAUCAAUGGAAAGGCUGAAAUACUCGUAGAUGGACUCGCGGAUGCAUUUUUUCAUGAAAGAGGAGGAUAAAUCCCGCUUGCCCCUGCACUGACUUUUUUAUUGCUGUUGCAUCGCCUGGAAAAAUGGGGUUCCCUCGCUCCUGCUGAAUCCUCGGAGCAUUCCAGAGAGUUGCUGCAGUGAAGGACUUCUCUGAUUUUUUUUGCAUCGGAGGAGCUGCAUUGAUGUUAAGCAUUUUUUCGUAAAAUGGAGAACGAGAUCUUCACACCCCUUCUGGAGCAGUUCAUGUCGAGCCCUCUUGUCACCUGGGUGAAGACAUUUGGACCGUUAGCUGGAGGAAAUGGGACCAACCUGGAGGAAUAUGUGGCGCUGGUGGAUGGAGUGCAUCUGAACGAAGUCAUGCUGCAAAUCAAUCCAAAGUCUGCCAAUCAGAGGAUAAACAAGAAAGUCAACAAUGAUGCCUCAUUAAGGAUUCAGAAUCUGUCUAUUUUGGUGAAACAAAUCAAAACUUACUAUCAGGAGAACUUGCAGCAGCUCAUCAUGAUGUCUCUGCCAAACGUGUUAAUAAUUGGCAAAAACCCCUUCUCUGAGCCAGGUACUGAAGAAGUCAAAAAGCUCCUCCUGCUUUUACUUGGUUGUGCAGUUCAGUGUCAGAAAAAAGAAGAGUUUAUUGAAAGAAUCCAGGGCCUGGAUUUUGACACCAGAGCAGCUGUCGCAGCCCACAUCCAGGAGGUAACUCACAACCAGGAGAACGUGUUUGAUCUGCAGUGGAUGGAUGUCAUUGUGUUGACACAGGAGUACGUGGAACCUCUCCUGAAGAACAUGGCUUUGCAUUUGAAAAGACUGAUAGAUGAGAGAGAUGAGCACUCCGAGACCAUCAUCGAGCUGUCUGAGGAGCGGGACUGUCUGCGUUUCCUGCCCCACGCGUCGGCAGCGCAGUCGCCGUGCGGCUCCCCCGGCAUGAAGCGCACGGAGAGCCGGCAGCACCUCUCGGUGGAGCUGGCAGAUGCCAAAGCCAAGAUCAGGAGGCUCAGGCAAGAGCUGGAGGAAAAGACUGAGCAGCUGCUCGACUGUAAACAAGAACUUGAACAGAUGGAAGCUGAACUGAAGAGACUUCAGCAAGAGAACAUGGCCCUGCUGUCGGACGCGCGCUCGGCCAGGGUGUACCGGGACGAGCUGGACGCGCUGCGGGAGAAGGCGAUCCGCGUGGACAAGCUGGAGAGCGAGCUCGGCCGCUACAAGGAGAGGCUCCACGACAUCGAGUUCUACAAAGCCCGAGUGGAGGAGUUAAAGGAGGACAAUCAAGUGCUGCUGGAAACAAAGACAAUGUUGGAAGAUCAGCUGGAGGGGACCCGAGCCCGUUCAGACAAACUGCACGAGUUAGAGAAGGAGAAUCUGCAAUUAAAAGCUAAAUUGCACGACAUGGAGAUGGAGCGCGACAUGGACAGGAAGAAGAUCGAGGAGCUGAUGGAGGAGAACAUGACCCUAGAAAUGGCUCAGAAGCAAAGCAUGGAUGAAUCUUUGCACCUUGGCUGGGAGCUGGAGCAGAUCAACAGGACUACGGAGCUCUCUGAAGUGCCACAGAAAUCACUGGGCCACGAGGUGAACGAGCUGACCUCGAGCAGGUUGCUGAAGCUGGAGAUGGAAAACCAAAGUUUGCUGAAGACAGUGGAAGAACUGCAAAGUGCCGUGGGCUCUGUGGAAGGCAGCAGCUCCAGGAUCCUCAAGAUGGAGAAGGAAAACCAAAGACUCAGCAAAAAGCUGGAAGAGCUGGAGAACGAAAUGAGCCAAGAGAAACAAAGUCUCCAGAACAGUCAAAACCUGAGUAAAGAUCUGAUGAAAGAGAAAGCCCAGCUUGAAAAGACACUGGAAGCACUUAAAGAAAACUCCGAGCGUCAAAUUAAACUGUUAGAACAAGAGAAUGAGCACUUGAAUCAAACCGUGGCCUCCCUCAGGCAGCGCUCGCAGAUCAGCGCCGAGGCCAGGAUGAAGGAGAUCGAGAAGGAGAACAAAAUCCUCCACGAGUCCAUUAAGGAGACCAGCAGCAAGCUAAACAAGAUGGAGUUUGAGAAAAAACAAGUCAGGAAAGAACUGGAGCACUACAAAGAGAAAGGGGAGAGGGCAGAGGAGCUGGAGAACGAGCUGCACCGGCUGGAGAAGGAGAACGAGCUGCUGCAGAAGAAAAUCACCAACCUGAAAAUCACCUGCGAGAAGAUCGAGGCCUUGGAACAGGAGAACUCGGACCUGGAGACGGAGAACAGGAAGCUGAAAAAAACCUUGGACAGCCUCAAGAACCUGACCUUCCAGCUGGAAUCCCUGGAAAAGGAGAACGCCCAGCUCGACGAGGAGAACUUGGAGUUGAGGAGGACAAUCGAAUCCUUGAAGUGCACCAGCAUGAAAGUGGCACAGCUGCAGCUGGAAAAUAAAGAGCUGGAGAGCGAAAAGGAGCAACUGAAGAAAAGCCUGGAGCUGAUGAAAGCCUCUUUCAAGAAGACUGAACGCUUGGAGGUCAGCUACCAGGGGCUGGACACGGAGAACCAAAGGCUCCAGAAGGCCCUGGAGAACAGCAACAAGAAGAUCCAGCAGUUGGAAAGCGAGCUCCAGGAUUUAGAGUCUGAAAAUCAGACCCUGCAGAAGAACUUGGAGGAGUUAAAAAUCUCCAGUAAGCGCCUGGAGCAGUUGGAGAAGGAGAACAAGUUGUUGGAACAAGAGACCUCUCAGCUGGAGAAGGAUAAGAAGCAGCUAGAAAAGGAAAAUAAAAGGCUUAGGCAGCAAGCAGAGAUUAAGGAUAGUACCUUGGAGGAGAACAAUGUCAAAAUUAGUAACCUGGAAAGGGAAAAUAAGUCUCUGUUCAAAGAAAUCGUUGUGUACAAAGAGUCCUGCCUGCGCCUGAAAGAGCUGGAGAAGGAAAAUAAGGAACUGGUGAAAAGAGCCACCAUCGACAAGAAAACCCUGGUCACCCUGAGAGAGGACCUGGUGAACGAGAAACUGAAGACUCAACAAAUGAACAACGAUCUGGAGAAACUUGCCCACGAGCUGGAGAAAAUAGGCUUGAACAAGGAGCGGCUCCUGGAGGAUGAGCAGAGCAGCGACGACAGUAGGUACAAGCUUCUGGAGUCCAAACUGGAAUCCACGCUCAAGAAGUCGCUGGAAAUCAAGGAAGAAAAAAUCGCGGCUUUGGAGGCUCGUUUGGAAGAGUCGACAAAUCUGAACCAGCAGCUCCGGCAGGAGCUGAAAACAGUGAAAAAGAACUACGAAGCUCUCAAGCAAAGGCAAGAGGAGGAGAGGAUGGUCCAGAAUUCCCCUCCCAGAAGCGGAGAAGAGAAUCAGCCCGUCAAUAAGUGGGAGAAGGAAAACCAGGAAACAACUCGAGAAUUGUUGAAAGUUAAAGACAGAUUAAUUGAAGUGGAGAGGAAUAACGCGACGCUGCAGGCGGAGAAGCAGGCGCUGAAGACGCAGCUGAAGCAGCUGGAGACGCAGAACAACAACCUGCAGGCGCAGAUCCUGGCCCUGCAGAGGCAGAGCGUGGCCCUGCAGGAGCAGAACACCACCCUGCAAACCCAGAACGCCAAGCUCCAGGUGGAGAACUCCACUCUGAACUCGCAGAGCACGUCCCUGAUGAACCAGAACGCCCAGCUGCUGAUCCAGCAGUCGGCCCUGGAGAACGAGAACGAGGGCGUGCUGAAGGACAGGGAGGACCUCAAGGGCCUGUACGAGGCCCUGCUGAAGGACCACGAGAAGCUGGAGCAGCUGCACGAGCGCCAGGCGGCCGAGUACGAGUCCCUCAUCGCCAAGCACGGCAGCCUCAAGGCCGCCCACAAGAACCUGGAGGUGGAGCACAAGGACCUGGAGGACAGGUACAACCAGCUGCUGAAACAGAAGGUGCAACUGGAAGAGCUGGAGAAGGUUCUCAAGACAGAACAGGAGAAGAUGCUGCAGCAAAGCGAGAAGCACGAGACGGUGGCAGCAGAAUAUAAAAAACUUCGCGAGGAAAACGAAAGGCUCACUCACACCUACAGUCAGCUCCUGAGAGAGAAUGAGGUUCUCCAGACCGACCACAAGAAUCUGAAAACACUAUUGAACAAUUCCAAGCUGGAGCAAACACGGCUGGAAGCGGAGUUUUCCAAGCUCAAAGAACAGUACCAGCAGCUGGAUAUUACAUCAACAAAGCUGAAUAAUCAGUGUGAGCUGCUCAGCCAGCUCAAAGGAAACCUGGAGGAGGAGAACAGGCAUCUGCUGGAUCAAAUUCAGACUUUAAUGCUGCAGAAUAGGACAUUACUGGAGCAGAAUAUGGAAAGCAAGGAUCUCUUCCAUGUGGAGCAAAGGCAGUACAUUGACAAGCUCAACGAGCUGCGGCGGCAGAAGGAGAAGCUGGAGGAGAAGAUAAUGGAUCAGUAUAAAUUCUAUGAACCGUCUCCACCACGAAGGAGGGGCAACUGGAUCACCCUGAAGAUGAGGAAGCUGAUCAAGUCCAAGAAGGACGGGAACCGGGAGCGGCUGAAGUCGGUGACCCUCACGCCCACGCGCUCGGAAUCCAGCGAGGGCUUCCUGCAGCUGCCCCACCAGGACAGCCAGGACAGCUCCUCAGUGGGCUCCAACUCCCUGGACGAUGGGCAGACCCUGGGCACCAAAAAGAGUAGCAUGGGUGCACUGAAAAGACUGCCCUUUUUGAGGAACAGACCGAAGGAAAAAGACAAAAUGAAGGCCUUCUACCGUCGCUCCAUGUCCAUGAAUGACCUGGUGCAGUCCAUGGUCCUGGCAGGAGGACAAUGGACAGGUAGUUCUGAGCAUCUGGAGGGCCCCGAUGAUAUGUCCACGGGGAAAAGGAGGAAGGAAUUGGGAGCUAUGGCCUUCUCCACCACAGCCAUCAACUUUGCCACUGUCAACUCCUCCACAGGCUUCAGAUCCAAGCAGUUGCUAAAUAAUAAAGAUACCACAUCCUAUGAAGAUGUAAGUCCCCAAGGUAUUAGUGAUGAUUCUAGUACAGGAUCGAGAGUUCAUGGAGUGCAGGACUUUGUCUGUGCAGAUGCUCUUGCUCCUGCUGCUCGUGGCCUUCCAGCCCUGUGCCAGGUUCCCUGUCAGAUCUGUUUGCCUUUUUCCAAAGUGUCCUCUUGGACCGCCUGGAAAUUCCUCCGCUUUCUGCUGUCUUCCAGACCAGCCAGCCUUGAUAGUGGCAGGACAUCCACUAGCAAUAGCAAUAACAAUGCUUCACUCCAUGAAGUCAAAGCAGGUGCAGUGAACAGCCAGAGCAGGCCCCAGAGCCACAGCAGCGGGGAGUUCAGCCUCCUGCACGAGCACGAGGCCUGGUCCAGCAGCAGCAGCAGCCCCACGCAGUACCUGAAGGCUCCCGGCCGCUCCAGCCCGGUGCUCCCGCAGAGAGCCGAAGCGCCGGAGAGCCGUGGGAAGCACGCCAAAACCGGCUCUCCUGGCAGCGAAGUGGUCACCCUGCAGCAGUUCCUGGAGGAGAGCAACAAGAGUAACUCCAGUGAGAUGAAAUCCGCAAGCGAAGAGAACCUUCUGGAUGAAGUCAUGAGGAGCCUGUCUGAGUCUGCGGAGCUGGCAGGGCGGGAGAGGCUCCGGAAGCAGCCGGGCGCCGGCUGUGGGAUCGUCAGGUCCUUGAGCGUCAAAACCACGGUGGAUUUCUGCGAGGGCCGGUCCCUGAGGCCGGAGCAGCUGGUGAGGCCCGGCCUCCGUAAGACUGACGAUCUCUACCUGAGCAGCUCCCCCAUCAAAGUCCCACCCGGAGCCCCCGGCAAGGCCCGGGCGGCGAAGGACAAGCUGCAGGCGGCUGCAUCGCAGCGCCCGUCCAGGGACUGCAACCCGUACGCCACCUUACCUCGCGCCAGCAGCGUCAUCUCCACGGCGGAAGGGACCACCCGCAGGACGAGCAUCCAUGACUUUUUGUCCAAGGACAGUCGGCCGCCCGUGUCGGUGGAUCCGGCGGCGCCCGCGGCCGACAGGAGCGCUCCGCCCGGCUCCAAUGUGGAAGCUAUCCCAGAAAGCAGAAAUUCAAAAAGCAGGUCUAGGGAGCAACAAAGCUCCUAAUUCUAUUCCCCACUACAUGAGCUGUGGGGCCAAGUGAGAGAAAAAGUGUCCUUCAGUAUCUCAGUGUGAAGCCUUUAUAUCUGAAGUAACAAGACAGCGACUGUAGGAGUCAUUAAUAAAAACAAAACAAAACAAAAAAAUAAUUGAGGGAAUUUUGUACAUUCUUCGUGACUAGAGCAGGCGAGACAUAAAAACCUACCUACCUUCCUUCCUUCCUUGAAUCAAGGAGCUCUACUGGAGUCUACUGCCGAAAAUGUGUAGAUGGGCUUAGGAAUUAUUGCACAUUGCACUGUUGAGAUCUACUGAAUAAAGGACAGUUCUCAUCUCCCUAAGGACCGAGGAUUUUAAGGUCUCAAGAAUUACUCCAGGGGAAAAAAAAAAAAAAAAUUUAAAAAAAUAAAAAUGCUUCUUUCAUCUUCUGUUUUCGAAAUUAGCCACUGAUUUGCUUAAGCUUCUGCUAAUAAUUAGCCAAAAACCCCCAUAACUGGCAGUUUCUCUUUACGUCUGUAAAUCUAAAGGAAAUGCUGUAGUAUUUUGUUGAAAUGGACUGUAUGUACAGAUACAAAAACCUCACAGCUACUGGCACUUCACUGCCUUAUUUGGUUUGCGUUAUCUGCAUGAAAUUGCUCUUAAAAAAAAAAAAAAAAAGAAAGUUUAUGCUGAUUUUUGUUGCAUACUGCAAGAGAAAAAAAAAAUGUUUACAUCCAUGGGAAAGCUGGGGAGCUACCAGAAGUGGGAGUGAUGGGAUAAUGGUGUUCUAGAGAAACUGUUUGUCCUUUGUGUUUUCCACCUUCCCGGGUUACUCUGCAUUUGUAUGUUGGGAUGUUUCUGGCAGGAGGUUGUCAGGCCUGCGUUUUCUACCACAUUUAUUUUAAUAUUAAGGCUGUUCUCCACAAAUGCCGUUUCCGGGUUGUGACUGUCUGACGAUGUUUUGUGUAUCGACCAAUUCUUUUUUUUACUGUUCGUCUCUCGACAUGAGCUGAUUGUGGCUUAGGAGGUUUCUUGAUGGCAAAAAAGAAAUGUAAAUAAUAUCACAUGCAUUUUACAAUCAGUUCCCUUGAAGGUUCUCUCUUACCAGAUCCGUUCUGUUCGUUACUGGUUUAUAUUAAAGUCGACAGGUGUUCUUGG